AUGGCUACAAGUACAUCAAUGUGCGCGGUAUGCGAUCUUCAACACCAAACCUCACUAGCUACUCACUGGUGUAUAGAGUGUGAAGAAUCAUUGUGUGCUGCCUGUACAGAACAUCACAACGUUCUUAAGGCAACAAGACAUCACAAAGCUAUUCCUAUCUCAGAUUACCAAUUAUUACCAACCGACAUCAAGCAGUAUUGCGACUAUCACAAUGAGAAGUAUCAACUUUACUGUAUUAAGCACGAGAGUCAAAUAUGCAACAAGUGCCUAAAGGAUCAUGGGAAAUGUGGGGAAAUACAUUCACUUGAUGAGAUAGUAAAGGACAUUAAAACGUCAGAGUCUUUCGUUAAUCUAGAGCAGAGCAUUGACGAUCUUUUUGAUAACAUCAUUCAAAUUCGUAAAGAAAAGGAGUCUAAUAUAAAAAGUAUACAAGAACAAAAGAAGAAUAAAACAGCCCGAAUUUCUAACGUGAAAAAGAAGAUAAUUAAGCAUUUGGAGAAACUAGGACAAGAGUUUAUAAAAGAAUUUGAUCAAAUUGAAUUGAAUCACUGCGAUCCGCUUCGUUUGAUGGUAUCUUCACUUCAAGAUAAAGAAAACAAAAUAUUUCAGAUGAAGUCAGAAGUUCAAGACACGAAAAAGUACGCAUCUAAUCUGCAGGCAUUCCUUCGUAUGAAGGAAAUUCAGGCGAAAACCACUGAAUACGAAAAGCAUAUCCAGAUUGCAAGUAUAAAUCACGAAGUAAACAUCGAGAGCUCAAUUGAUACUAAGUUACGGGAUAUUCUAACUAUUGAGAGAUUUGGUUCAAUAGAAGUCAUUAACAGUCCGUUUACCAAACUUACUUUAAAAAGAAGGGAAAACAGACAGGCACAAAUACCAGUUAAAGUUCCCAAAGCACUAAAAGUUGAAUUUAAACGAAAACUAGAUACAACUUGUAAAUAUCCAAGUGGUUGUUGCGUUACGAAAACAGGAAAAUUGCUAUUGACGAACUUCGAUGAACACAAUGGUAGAGUAGUAGCAAUAAAUGCCAAAGAUGAGGUUGAAUAUACCAUUCCAUUUAUUGCACGAUACAAUACGUUUGAUGUAGCGUGCUUAGACGACUGUACAAUUGCUGUAUCUACAGGUAGAUCCAGAAAAGUACAUGGUGUCAGUAUUGUUGAUCUGACCAAGAAAGGUGUAAUAAAGUUCAUUGACCUGCAUUUCGAUCCCUCUGGAAUUAGUUAUGACGGAAAAUCAUUGAUCUGCUGUGUAGUUGGCAAAGACUUACAUAUGAUAUCUUGUGCAGACUACAGUGUCACUACUGUCCCUAAUACCGCCACACCGUGGUUUUCAUACGUCGCAACACAUGCUGACAAGAUCUUCUAUACAAACCCUGAUAAACACACAGUAACGUGCUGUUUAUAUAGUGGAGAAUUAAUAUGGAAGUUCAAGGACGAAGGCGUGUUAGAUUAUCCACAAGGAAUUACCGUAGACAACAACGGUAAUGUUUUUGUUGCUGGAAUGGAUUCAUGUAAUGUGGUGGUCAUAUCUCCUGAUGGAAGACAGUGCAAUCAAAUACUGACCACGGAAGAUGGUCUUGAUAGGCCGACAGCGAUUUUCCUAAACAAAAAAAGAGAGAAGCUGUUAGUUACUAGUCAACUGAAGUUUGCAUACAUUUAUGACGUCAUUUUUUAA